AUGUUCUCCUUCCUGGCCUCUAUACGGACGCGUCCGGUCCUUACGACGGCGUUGGUACAAUGGCUCUCGUUAUGGAUCAUUCUGUCAGGUUCGGUGCUUGCCGCCACGAAAUCUGCAGCGGAGUAUUACGUUCGCUCAAUACCGGGGCAGCCAGAGGGGCCAUUGCUUAAGAUGCACGCUGGACACAUUGAAGUUGACCCCAAGAACAACGGGAACCUCUUCUUUUGGCACUUCCAGAAUCGCCACAUUGACAAUCGCCAGCGAACUGUCAUUUGGUUAAACGGAGGACCUGGCUGUAGUUCGAUGGAUGGUGCUUUGAUGGAGGUUGGACCAUAUAGGCUAAAGGAUGAUCAUACCUUGGUGUACAACGAGGGCUCCUGGGACGAAUUUGCAAAUCUUUUGUUUGUCGAUCAGCCUGUUGGCACCGGAUUUAGUUAUGUCAACACCGACAGUUACAUUCACGAAUUGAACGAGAUGGCUGCCCAUUUUAUUAUUUUCUUGGAAAGGUUUUUUGAACUGUUUCCUCAGUAUGAACACGACGAUCUAUAUUUUGCGGGAGAAUCCUAUGCAGGACAAUACUUACCCUACAUCGCUAAAGCAGUCUUGGAUCAUAACAGGAAAGCGUCUGUAGUAGCAGAAAAACGUACCUGGAAGCUUAGUGGGUUGAUCAUCGGAAACGCAUGGCUCUCGCCGGUGGAGCAAUAUCUAUCCUACAUGCCGUUUGCUUUCAAAGAGCACCUUUUGAAAACCGGAACCGAUGCCACGCAGAAAGUUGAGAAAGCGCACGCAGAGUGUAUUACUGAACUGGAUAGAAACGGCGGCAGGGACUUGAUCAACGUUGGUGUUUGCGAGCAGGUCUUGACUACAAUUCUCGAUGUGACGCAGGAAGACGGAAAAUGCUACAACAUGUACGACGUCCGAUUGAGGGACUCACAUCCGGCGUGUGGCAUGCACUGGCCUCUGGAUUUGCAGCAGAUCACGCCUUAUCUCCGGCGCACAGAUGUCAAGCAUGCGCUCAAUAUCAACGACGACAAGAAGACGGGCUGGCAGGAAUGCACGGGCUCGGUGUCUAGUAGCUUCAGGGCCAGAAACUCGAAGCCCGCGGUGCAAUUGCUGCCGGGAAUUCUCGAGGCGGGAGUGCCGGUGGUCCUCUUCAGCGGCGCCAAAGAUUUCAUCUGCAACCACAUCGGCACCGAAGAGCUGAUCCACCGGAUGACGUGGUCUGGCGGCACGGGCUUCGAGCUGUCGCCCGGGGUGUGGGCGCCGCGGCGCGACUGGACGUUCGAGAAGGAGUCGGUGGGCUACUUCCAGGAGGCGCGCAACCUGACGUACGUGCUGUUCUACAACGCCAGCCACAUGGUGCCGUUCGACUACGCGCGGCGGUCGCGCGACAUGCUGGACCGGUUCCUGGGCGUGGACAUCACCAGCAUCGGCGGCGACCCGGCGGACUCGCGGCUCGACGGCGAGCAGGGCGCGCUCACGUCGGUCGGCAGCCACCCCAACAGCACGGUGGCCGACAAGCUGGAGAAGGAAAAACUCAAGGCCGCCGCGUGGCGCGCGUACUACAAGUCCGGCGAGAUCGCGCUGGUGGUGGUGGCCGUGGCCGCCGUGGCCUGGGGGCUGUUCAUCUGGCGCUCACGCCGCCGCGCGCACCGUCUGGGCGGCAGCAGCGGCGGCGGCCCUGACGGCGGCGGCGCGUACUCGGGCAUCUACCCCAACCUCAACGGCUUCAGCUCCAGCUCGCUGCCGCGGUUCCGGAGCAAGUCGCGGCGGGGCGCGGACGAGGACGUCGAGGCGGCGGCGGAGUUUGACGUGCUGGAGAGCAAUCUGCAUCGGGAGGUGGGCGGCCGGCUGUCGACGGCCGAGCGGGACCAUUACUCAGUGGGAGAUGAUAGUGAUGACGAUGACGAGGAGGAGGCAGAGGAUGGGAAGCCGGGCGAGGAGAAGCCGUUGCAUCGGGCUGGUGCAGCUCGGUCAGGGUCGCAUUCAUAG